AUGGCGAAAUCUAGGACGCACUUUGCAGCGCAAGACGUGUUAUCAUCAUCUCCCACAGCAAUAAGGUCAAGGGAAGGGGAGGGUCCAGCCAGGUGGAACGAGUACUUAGGUCCAGAAAUGGCCUCUAGAUUAAAUGGUGGAACUGAUAGUGCUACAAGCCAGAGCUCAAGCGGGUCAUCACAGAAGGGUUUGAACAUGCAAUGGGUGUACCAGCUCACGCAAGUAGCCGAAGGACUGAUGGUGAAAAUGUAUAGACUAAAUCAAAUUUUGGAUUACCCUGAUUUAGUCGGUCAUAUCUACUCGGAAGCAUUUUGGAAAUCAGGCGUGUUCCCUAACCAUCCCAAAAUUUGUAUUUUACUUACGAAGAAGUUUCCUGAACACCACAGCAAGUUACAGCUGGAACGGGUUGAUAAGUUUGCUUUGGAUGCUAUGACUGAUAGUGCAGAAGUUCAUAUACAAAGCUUAGAACCAUGGAUUCAGCUGCUCCUUGACCUGAUGGCAUUUCGAGAACAAGCUUUGCGGCUCAUAUUGGAUUUAAGCAGUACUGUUAUUACCUUGCUGCCCCACCAAAAUUCUCUCAUACUGCAAGCCUUUAUGGACCUCUUUUGCUCCUUUGUUCGUGUUAAUCUAUUUUCUGAGAAGGUACCACGAAAAAUGAUGUUGCAAACAUACAAUCUUUUGUAUUCUAUGGCAAGAAAUGACCGAGAUUGUGAUUUUUACCACCGAUUAAUUCAAUUCGUUGAUUCCUAUGAUCCACCAUUAAAGGGAUUACAGGAAGAUCUUAAUUUUGUCAGCCCUCGAAUUGGAGAGGUAUUGGAGGCUGUGGGUCCUGUUGUAUUUUUAUCUACCGAUACAAGGAAGCUAAGAAAUGAGGGUUUUCUGAGCCCCUUUCAUCCUCGAUAUCCUGACAUACUAACCAACUCCGCACAUCCAAUGAGGGCUCAAGACUUGGCAAAUGUUACUUGCUAUAGAGAAUGGGUGUUAUUUGGAUAUCUUGUGUGCCCUGAUGAGCUUCUUAGGGUCACAAGCAUCGACAUUGCUUUGGUUGUGCUGAAGGAAAACCUAGUUCUUACAUUAUUUAGGGAUGAGUAUAUAUUAUUGCAUGAGGAUUAUCAGUUGUAUGUUUUGCCACGGAUAUUGGAAUCAAAGAAGAUGGCGAAGUAUGGACGGACAAAGCAAAAGGAAGCAGAUCUGGAGUAUAGUGUUGCAAAGCAGGUGGAGAGAAUGAUAAGUGAAGUUUACGAGCAAGCAUUAUUUUCAUGUGAUGCCAUACACCAUGAAAGGAGAAUUUUACUGAAGCAAGAGAUUGGAAGGAUGGUGCUCUUCUUCACUGAUCAGCCAAGUUUAAUAGCUCCAAACAUUCAGAUGGUAUUUUCGGCCUUGGCCUUUGCACAGAGUGAGGUAUUGUGGUAUUUCCAGCACGUCGGAAUAGCUUCAUCAAAAUCAAAAGCAGCCCGAGUUGUUCCAGUAGAAAUUGACGCAAAUGAUCCAACUAUUGGGUUCUUAUUGGAUGGAAUGGACCAUCUUUGUUGUCUUGUGCGGAAGUACAUUGCAGCAAUUAGAGGCUAUGCUUUAUCAUACCUAUCGUCAUGUGCUGGUAGAAUACGCUUUCUUCUGGGCACACCAGGAAUGGUAGCUCUUGACCUGGAUGCAACCUUGAAAGGGAUUUUCCAGAGAAUUGUUCAUCAUCUAGAAAAUAUACCAAAGCCUCAGGGUGAAAAUAUUUCUGUCAUCACAUGUGAUUUAUCUGAGUUACGGAAGGAUUGGUUAUCAGUGUUGAUGAUCGUGACUUCUUCUCGGUCAUCUAUUAACAUUAGACAUUUGGAAAAGGCUACAGUAUCUACUGGAAAAGAAGGCUUACUAUCAGAAGGAAAUGCUGCAUACAACUGGUCCAGAUGUGUAGAUGAACUUGAAAAUCAGUUGUCAAAAUAUGGGAGUCUGAAGAAACUUUACUUCUAUCACCAGCAGCUUACAACUGUUUUUCGGAACACCAUGUUUGGGCCUGAAGGUCGUCCCCAACAUUGUUGUGCAUGGCUUGGUGUUGCUAGCAGUUUUCCUGAAUGUGCUUCAUCAGUUGUUCCUGAAGAGGUGACUAAAAUUGGUCGCGAUGCAGUUCUAUAUGUUGAAUCCCUGGUUGAAUCCAUCAUGGGAGGACUGGAAGGUUUAAUUAAUAUUCUUGACUCGGAAGGAGGAUUUGGCUCUCUAGAGACGCAGCUUCUCCCUGAACAAGCAGCAAAUCUCAUGAAUUUGACAUCAAGAAUAUCUGUUCCUUCAGCAAAAUCCCCAAAAGUGGCAUAUGGUUUUCAAUUACCAGGCUAUGAGAGCUAUCCUGAAAAUGAUAAUUCUAUCAAAAUGCUAGAAGCUGCAAUGCAGAGGUUGACAAAUCUUUGUUCAAUCAUGAAUGACAUGGAACCUAUCUGUGUUCUUAACCAUGUCUUUGUACUAAGGGAGUACAUGAGGGACUGUAUCCUUGGGAACUUCAAGAGGAGGUUGCUCACUGUUCUGAAAACUGAUAAUGAUCUUCAACGGCCUUCUUUGCUAGAAUCACUUAUUCGCAGACAUACUGCUAUUGUUCAUCUAGCCGAGCAACACAUCAGCAUGGACCUGACCCNUUCAUGUAGUGGAUUCGUCAGACUUGAAAGAGAGUAUCAACAGAAACACACUCUCUCUAAUGGCCAUGUCACCGAAACUUUUGACCCUGAGACAGAGAAUCAUUUCUUAGCAGAAGCUAGCAUAAAGUCCACAAUGCAGCUAUUCAUCAAGUUCUCUGCCGGAAUCAUUUUGGAUUCUUGGAAUGAAAGCCAUAGGUCUCAUUUGGUUGCGAAGCUUAUCUUCCUCGAUCAAUUAUGUGAGCUCUCGCCAUACCUACCGAGAAGCUUACUGGAAUCUCAUGUACCUUAUGCCAUCCUUCGUUCAGUAUACAGUCAGUACUAUUCGAAUUCUUCAACUCCACUGGCAUUAUUGAGUUCAUCCCCCCGACACUCCCCUGCCACAUCACUAGCACAUGCUUCUCCUGCAUUGAAGCAGCCGCAUGGAGAUUUUACUCAUGGCCAAGAUCAGUAUGAUGCUGAAAAUGGAAGCAUGAGUACAGACAACAAACAUCGCAAUGUUAGGCGAUCUGGGCCCUUGGAUUAUAGCUUGAGUCGCAAGACAAAAUUUGUUGAAGGCUCAACUUCAAGCAGUACGGGUCCUAGUCCCUUGCCUAGAUUUGCAGUUUCGAGGUCAGGUCCUAUAUCAUACAAAUAG